UGCAAAAAUCCGCUUGCUCGCUUUGGUACAACCAUGAAUGCUGUCUUUACCAUUUCUCCUAAAACCAUCUCGGUGAAUCACACCCUCAGUUUCUUGGUUAGGUAUUACGAUGCGCCUGCAUUCCGGGUCUACCUAUCAAUAUUAUUGAAUUCCUUAUCCUUCAGUACUGCCAUAAUCUUAUAUGCGGUACCGUACAGACAUUCGUCUUUACUAUAAAACAGUUUUGGAAUGGCAAAUAUUAUAGGUUCGGUUGCCGUAAAAGAUUGAUCUUCCCCCCCCCCGAAUUCGGUAAAGC